GAAACUGAACAGUUCGUGAACAAAUUUCUCCGCCAUAACUUAUUAGCUUCUGUUUCUUUUGAUUUCUUCAGUAGAAAAGAUAACAAAUUCAAAGGAAAAGCGAAACAAAUGGCUACUAUUAGAGCACCAGAAGUGGUUCCUUCUCCACCUGAAGACUGUGAGAAACUCAUAAAAGCUUUCGAGGGACUGGGAACAGACGAGAAGGCAAUAAUUAGGGUGUUGGGGCAAAGAAAUGCAAGCCAGAGGAAGAAAAUCAAAGAGACGUUUCAGCAGAUUUACAACAAAUCCCUUAUAGAUUGUCUCGAUUCUGAAUUAUCUGGUGAUUUUGGGGUACUUAUUUUUCUAUUAGUAAACAUCGAACAGGUCUUGGUCAGACUAGUAAGUUCUUAUAGAUAUGAUAAAGAAGCAGUGGAUUCCAGCAUUGCCAAUACGGAGGCAGUUAUACUACACGAUGCCAUUAGAACAAAAAAUUUAGAUGAUGAUGAUCUCGUGUGGAUACUCAGUAUAAGGAACAUCUUUCAGCUCAGAGCAACUUUCCAGUGUUACAAGGAUAAUUAUGGGAAAUCCAUAGACGAGGACAUUAGGGCUUGUGGUAAAGGCAUUUUGGAAUCAAUUUUAAAAGUAGUGGUUUGGUGCAUAGACUCCCCAGAAAGACACUUCGCAGAGGUUGUAAGAGCUUCGAUUGUUGGGCUUGGGACCGAUGAGGAUUCAUUGACUAGAGCCAUUGUAACUCGAGCUGAAAUCGAUAUGAUGAAAGUCAGAGGAGAAUUUUUUAACGCGAACAAAUCGAGCCUUGACAAUGCUGUAAUUGGAGAUACCUCAGGGCACUACAAGGACUUCCUAAUGACCUUGCUUGGAGCAAAGAUCUGAUUCUAUCUACCAUGGCUGAUUAGAUGGCCAAUUUCCCUUUUUUUUCCCCCUGAAUUUUUGUUGUAAUCAAUUGAUUGCCUUGGGACCAUUUGAACUAAAAUGCAGGUGAUAUGGUGUUUAAGCAUUUGCUGUUGAAGUACAAUUACGUUGUUUGUACAUAAACUUUUUUACA